GACGUUUUUUUGGACUUGUUGGUGUUGGAUUGUGGUGUUUUUUGGUUGUUUUGCUUUUGCUACGAUUAUUCCUCAUAAUAUCUAGAGGCUAAACAAAUAUAACUAACAGCGAUGGUUGAAGAUGACAAUAGAACACUAUGGUGUGGCAAUUUGCCCGAACAAGUUACAGAAGAAUUGCUUUACGAGUUAUUCCUUCAGGCAGGCCCCUUGGAGAAAGUGAGGAUAGCCAGAGAUAAAGACGGUCGCCAAAAAAGCUUCGCGUUUAUAACAUUUUGUCACGAAGUCUCUGUGCCUUACGCCAUAGCGUUAUUCCGAGGGACAGCGUUGUAUCACAAGACGCUGACAUUGCAGGGCAGAGGGCGUCCCUCCUUACUGCCUCCGCCGAUAAGAUGUCAGGGACCAGAUCCAAAUAUAGAUUUUUCAGCUGCACAGGCUAACGUCGUCCAACAGUUUGCGGAGAUGACUGACAGAUUAAAAGAAGAAGAAUUCAAACUAUCACAGUCUCCUCGCCAUGACACAACUGAUAAACUAGUUUUAGCUAGUUUACAAGGCAACUGGUCACAUAGACACCAUCCAUACAGAUCGGACAAACCACAUGGAAGGGAUGAUUUCAGGUCUAGAGAAUUGCACUCUGACAAUAGUUAUAAAGGAAACAGCCGUAAUAGACAUUCUAAUAGUUGGAGAGAUAGAAAAAACCACAAAAAGAACUAUAACCAUAGGAGAGACUGACUACUAUAAUAUUCAGCAAACUUUUUAUAUA